AUGGCGUUCCAGUGUCAGCGAGACAGCUACGCCCGAGAGCUCACCACGACCGUGGUCUCCUGCCGUCCUGCAGAGUUGCAGACUGAAGGAAGUAACGGCCAGAAGGAAGUAGUGAGCGGCUUCCAAGUGGUGCUGGAAGACACGCUGCUUUUCCCCGAGGGCGGAGGACAGCCUGAUGACCGAGGUACUAUCAAUGACGUCAGUGUGCUGCGAGUAACACGCCGGGGGUCCCAGGCUGAUCAUUUCACACAGAUACCCCUAGAGCCCGGGAGCCAGGUCCAGGUCCGAGUGGACUGGGACAGGAGGUUUGACCAUAUGCAGCAGCAUUCAGGGCAGCAUCUCAUCACAGCAGUUGCUGACCAUCUGUUUGGGUGGAAGACAACAUCCUGGGAGUUAGGACGCUUCCGGAGCGUGAUUGAACUGGACACCCCCUCUGUGACUGCAGAGCAGACAGCUGACAUUGAGCAGAGUGUCAACGAAAAGAUCCGAGAUCGAAUCCCUGUGAAUGUGCGAGAACUGAGCCUGGACGAUCCUGAGGUGGAACAGGUGCGAGGCCGGGGCUUGCCAGAUGAUCACGCUGGACCCAUCCGAGUUGUUACCAUCAAGGGUAUUGAUUCCAACAUGUGCUGUGGGACUCAUGUGAGCAAUCUCAGUGACCUUCAGGUGAUUAAGAUUCUGGGCAUAGAGAAGGGGAAAAAGAACAAAACCAACCUGAUAUUUUUGGCUGGGAACCGUGUGCUGAGGUGGAUGGAGAGGAGUCAUGGGACUGAAAAAGCCUUGACCGCUUUGCUCAAGUGUGGAGUAGAGGAUCAUGUGGAAUCAGUGAAAAAGCUACAGAACUCAACCAAGCUUCUGCAGAAGAACAACCUGAAUCUGCUCAGAGACUUGGCUAUGCACACUGCUCACAGCCUCAGGAACAGCCCAGACUGGGGAGGUGUGGUCGUAUUACACAGGAAGGAAGGUGAUUCUGAGUUCAUGAAUAUCAUUGCCAAUGAGAUUGGGUCAGAGGAGACCCUGCUGUUCUUAACCGUGGGCGAUGAGAAAGGUGCUGGGCUCUUCUUGCUGGCAGGAUCGGCCGAAGCCGUGGAGAACCUGGGGCCCAGGGUGGCUGAGGUUCUGGAAGGCAAAGGAGCUGGGAAGAAAGGCCGCUUUCAGGGCAAAGCCACCAAAAUGAGCCGGCGUGCAGAGGUUCAAGCGCUUCUCCAGGAUUAUAUCAACACGCAGAGUGCUGAGGAGUGAGGGACGCCCUUCUUGGUGUUGGACAAUAAAAUAGUUUGACUCA